CAUGACUGCUUCCAUCCCCACCCAUCGAGUUAGGUCGCCAUGAUGAGCGGCCAAGUCGAUGCGCUUUACAUUUAUGAUGAGCAGACCAACCCGAUUGUUGAGCAGGUCUACCGCUCCCGUCCGCCCUCCGCACCAGCCAUCCGCUCCCUCUUCCUGGCUCAUGCGGCCCCUCGCCCCUCGGUGCUGUACCUGCCUGGUGCGAUCCCACCGGUGACAGUGUACUCUAUCGUUCAGUCGAACCUCACCUUCCUCGCGGUCUCCGAGGUUGACUCGGAAUCGCUGCUGAUGCUAGAGUUCCUCCAUCGAGUUGUCGAUGUUCUGGAGGAGUUCGUAGGGGCACCAUUGCUUUCGACAAAACUACAGGCGAACUACGAUGUCGUCGCACAGCUACUUCACGAGAUGUGCGAUGGCGGCUUGGUGUGCAACACCGAGCCCAACAUGUUGCAGGAGGUAGUGGAGAUGCCAGGGUGGAUGGGGAAACUUUUGGGCGGGGUGGGACUGGCUGGGUCAUCUACGCCAAUUCUGGGCCAACCCAACGCAUUGAAGCAAUCGCUGUCGUCCGCCGCAGUAGCACAAGGCCCCGCGAUACCUUGGCGGAAGUCCGGAGUUCGUCAUACCUCCAACGAGAUAUAUGUCGACAUCAUCGAGUCGCUGUCAGUCACCAUUGCCCCAUCCGGCCGCCUGCUAUCGGCUUUGGCGUCCGGCACCAUCGCGUUCACAGCUAAGGUGUCCGGAGUUCCGGAUCUCCUUCUCUCUUUAACUGCGCCUGGCGGCCAGAGAGUCCUGGGGCGCAAGCUCGAACUUCCUGUCUUUCACCCUUGCGUGCGACUGGCGCGAUGGCGGGAACGGCCAGGGGAGCUCAGCUUUGUUCCACCGGACGGACGUUUCAUUCUCGCCGGGUACGAGGUAGAUCUUCUACCGCUUGAUCCCAAUCUUGACCAACCGCCUACCCACAUGGAGAAGCUCUUCUUGCCUGCCAUCGUGGAUGUUCGCAAAUCCCUAGGUCCGACGGGCGCCGAGUUUGAGGUGCGCCUGAUUCUCAAUACCAACUUCCCGGGCUACCCAUCCGCCAGCCGACCCGGAGUCGGGCGCAGCGGAUCCGGGACAUCGACACCUUCGUUCUUGGGAGGAGGCGGGAACUCCUCAGCGCCAGUUUUGGAGGAGGUUGUCGUUACUGUGCCUAUUCCCAACACGGUCCGGAACAUCACAGAGAUGCAAGCCAGCCGCGGAGAGGCAUUGUACUCCCCGGGGAGCGAGGUACUGCAAUGGCGAAUCCCAACCAAAGAUGCCGGAACAGUCUCUGGCACGGCGACCCUGCGAUGCACCGUCGCGGGACACCAUGACGACGACGAUGCCGAAGACGAGCUGGAAGACGCGGACGCCAACCUCCUUCAAGGCUACUACGACCCAUCCACUGCAUACCCUGACCCGGAAACGGGCACCACAAAACGCAAGACCAAGAAAAAGAAGAAGAAGAAGGUAGUCAAGAAGUCCUCUCGAGCUGCUGCGGCUGCUGCUGCCGCCGCCGCCGCAACAGACGAAGCGGAAGCAUCAGCGUCUGCCUCCGCCGACCCCUUCCCCCAAGACGCAGAACAACCCCAACCCUACCCCUCCGACCUAUCCCAACCGCCAACCCCAGCCCAAGCUCCCUCUUCAACUUCACUACCGCCACUCCUCCCCGAAGCCGAAGCCGAAGCCGAAGCAGAACCUACCCAAGACUCCGAAUCCCACACUCGUCCACGCAAACAACGACCACCACCAUCCUCCCCCAAGCCGAAAGACCGUCAACCAGGACCCCAACCCAGCAUCUUCCACACCGCUCCCCGCAAGACCAAAACCCAACUCAACGCCAUCCUCAUGCCCACCUCCGCCUCAGUGUCCUUCUCCGUGCGCGGCUGGCUCCCCUCCGGCAUCAAGGUCGACAGUCUCAACAUCGACCCGCGCAAAAGCCGGGGGCUCGGCGAGGGCGUGAAGCCAUACAAGGGAGUGAAAUACCUUUGUGUGAGUCAAAAGGGCGUAGAGAGAAGAUGUUGAUGGGAAACGAACAAAUGAAUAUAGGUCCCGGUGAGGAAAUAAGUAGGCGGAUUCAGUUUGGCAAUACCCAAUGAUGCCCGAUAUAAGCUCAUCUUCCGCCUCAAAUUAUCACCAUCUAAAUCAACUCUAGCUAGCUUGUUUGUAUAUGUUUGGUCACAUAUCUACUUUUCCCCUCACAACAGAUUUUGUUUAUCUCCGUCAUCUUUUUACCUGUGAAUGAAUUCCUGGCUCAUAGACCAGUUUGCUUACUGCUUUGAGAGGGUAUGUGUGAACCAUUUGGGCAAUUCAGAUAGGCCCAGCAACUAUAUUGAGAUGCGAUUGCGAGCGAUGC